CGUCUUGUCCCAGAUUUCUUGUUCAGUAUUCUUUCAUACUAUCCACGUGACACCCACGAUUUCGAUGUACUCCAAGACCUACCUCGCGCUUGCGCCCGUGGCCGACACUGUCGCUCGCCAACGCCUGCUGCAUGCAGCCGCUCCAGCAAUCGCUGCAGGAACUCCAAUCAACGACGACCUCCUGUUGAGUGCCCGAGUCGAACGCCAACUACGCGAAGUUGAAGCACAACGCGGAAUGGUGACGCGCCACGAAGUGCUCGCUGCCAUGAUUCGCGAGCAUGCUAUUUUCAUCGAGCACGCUGAAAUGGAAUACCCCAAAGCUGUAGCACCCUCGGUCAUGCCUUCGGAGCAGCCACAGUGAGCGCUUCAGAGUGUGCUACUGCCAUGAGCGAUGCAAACAUUCGGGCUACAUCGUCGUGACAACAAUUGGACUAUAUUAGCGACUCAGAAUGACAGUGUGAACGCCCGACUGUUUUAUCUUGAAUCUUACUCUUUGCUUAUCUCGUCCGUGAGCGGUUUGACGUUAGAAAAACCAUCUUGGAUAAAAUGUACCAAACAAGUAUAUAAGGUGGCCAUUAAAUUCCACUCUAGUGUCGAACACGUGCUGUUCAUGCAACUACUUUCUCUCAGUAACAAUAGUGUGCAAUUUACAAGUCUUCCCGGUG